UUUAAUACAGUAUAUAUAUAGCGUGUACGCAAAAACAAUUUUGGUAAUACGUUAUUAAGUAUUUCGCAUCAAAAGAAUCGACUUCGAUACAAGAUGAACUAUUGGAUGCUUGUCUUUGCAGUUUUACCUGCUUUAAUUUUUGCUGCUGACUCAGAAAAGAAAAUUGUGUGUUAUUUUGGUAGCUGGUCUGUUUAUCGGCCUCCUGGUGGCAAAUUUGAUAUUUCCUACAUUGAGCCGAAUCUUUGCACUCAUUUAAUUUAUAGCUUUGUUGGUAUCACUACGGAAGGUGAUGUUCGAGUUCUGGACUCGUGGCAAGAUCUUCCCGAUAAUUAUGGCAAGAACGGUUUCGGCAGAUUUAACAAACUUCGCGAACAGAGUCCUGAGACAAAAACACUUAUUGCCAUCGGUGGAUGGAAUGAAGGAUCUGCUAGAUAUUCUGAAGUUGUUGCUAAUCCGACUAUUCGUGCGAAAUUUGUCAGAAGCGUUCUUGAUUUUGUAAAGAAAUAUAAUUUUGAUGGGUUUGAUGUAGAUUGGGAAUAUCCUAAUCAGCGUGGUGGGAAACCAGAAGAUGUACAGAAUUACAUAAGUUUACUUAAGGAAUUAAGAACAGAAUUCGAUAAACAUGGACUUAUUCUCAGUGCUGCUGUUGCUGCUGCCGAAACUUCCGCUUCUUUGUCUUACGAUAUCGCCGCAAUAUCUAAACACUUACACUUCAUCAAUGUUAUGUCGUAUGACUUUCACGGUGCUUGGGAGAAAGAAACGGGUCAUAAUGCUCCGCUUUAUGCGCGCAAGAGCGAAACUGGACAUGAUCUUAAACUCAAUGUCGACGCGGCUGUACACUACUGGUUGGAAAGUGGUUGUCCACCUGAAAAAUUAAUCCUUGGUGUACCAUUCUAUGGCAGGACAUUUACUCUCGCCGAUAAAAACCAGAAUAGUCUUGGAGCUCCUAGCGCUGGACCUGGUGUCGCUGGUCCAUACACUCGUGAAGGUGGAAUGCUCGGCUACAAUGAAAUUUGCGAGUUCUUAAAACAGGGUGGAUGGACUAUUAUGCGUCACAAAGAACAUCGCGUUCCGUACGCUUAUAAAGACAACCAAUGGGUCGGCUAUGACGAUAAAACCUCUCUAAAAGAGAAGACAGACUAUAUCAAGAAGUUGAAUCUUGGUGGUGCGAUGCUAUGGAGUAUUGAAACAGACGAUUUUUUUGGCAAGUGUGGUGAGAAAUAUCCUUUGUUAAAAACACUAAAUGCUGAACUGAGAGGAAGCGUUCCGCCUAAGAUAGAUUCAUCUCAGGAAGAACCUAAACCAGAUGAAAAACCGAAUGAAAAACCGGACGAGAAACCGCAACAUCCUUCCAGUAUUUGCAAGAAGGAAGGUUACGUUCGUGAUGAAGAAGACUGUGGCAUAUUCUAUCAAUGCUUAAAUAUUAAUAGCGUUUAUCAAAUACAAAGAUUCAAUUGCCCAAAUGGACUAGCCUUUGAUCCUCAAAUUAAUAGUUGCAACUAUAAAAAUCUUGUUGAUGGGUGUAAUUAAUUGAAAUAAUAUCCAUUUCCGCAAUAACAAUUCUUCUAAUUCUUCUAAUUAAUAUAUAUGACCAACAAUAUAAUAAACAAAUAUCUUUAUAUA